AUGGAUAAUCAUAGUCCUUUAGACAUCACUGUCAUCUCCGCCAGUGGCCUUAAAAACAUCUUCUUGUUCUUUAGGAUGAAAGUGUACGUAGUUGUGUCAUUGAUAAAUGGAAAUUCAGUCGUCGAAAAGAAGACGCAUUCAUCGCGUGGCAGGAACCCUAAAUGGAACCACCGGAUUAAGUUUCCGGUGGAUGAGUCGGCUGUGGGUACUGCCACCCUCUUGUUUGUCCUCCGGCAACACCGGAUAUGGGGCGAUAAGGACAUCGGUGAGGUGUCGAUCCCGGUUAGUGAUCUCCUCGAGUCGAACUCCGGUGGUUCGGAGCAUGUCGUUGACUAUCAGGUGCAGACCAUGAGAGGAAAACCCGUUGGUACGUUUACGUUUUCGCUCCGGAGAGAAAAAGUUUGUCAUGGUGGAGAUGCCGCUGGAAAAACGAGUAGUUCUCAUCCUCCAACGACAUAUGUGAAUAAUCAGCAAGGGAAUGUUCCGGCUUACCAUCAGACACCGGGGUAUGUAAACUACCCCGGCCCAGGCGGCCAGUAUGGUACUGGGGCCGCUUGGUAUCCACCAGGAGGGUACGCGUAUCCUCCACAACAAAUGGGUUAUAAUCAACAACAACAACAACCAUAA